CUUGUCAUGUUGCUCCCGGAUCAGACGUACGAGACCGCGGCGGAUCCGGUACCGUCUCUGCUGCUCGCACGGAGACUUCCUCCCGACUUCUUUUGUGCAAAUCGCCCUCGCAGACCGCGGGACAAGAGGAAACUGUUGCAUUCAUUGCCUUCGGGCGGCGAGGAGACGUCGGCCGGAGUCGCAGCCCCGCGGGAGGCCGAGCUCAGAGCGGAUGCGAGACGGCGCAAAACUCGCUCCAGAACUGGACAUCACAAGAAAAACGGGGAAAAUUGUUUCCAGGCGGGCGAGCCCGGCAUAGUGGUGCUCAGACCUGAAGCCCUCACCCGCACCGAGUCGGAGGAGGAGGACGAGGCAGACUGCGGCCCGCCCUCGCCCUGCGGAGUGCGCUUCGUCAACGACAACGUGCUCAUCAACGGGAAGUCUUCGAUGCCGAACAAACCUAACAGAGACAGGAUCGCUAAGCUGAAGCUACAAUUUGACGACUCGCUAACCCGCACGUUCGAGUAUCCUUCAGAGACGUCGAUGUGCGAGGAGUCCCCGGCCCCCGCCCCCCUCGCGGCCUCCGCCCCCCUCGCGUCCCUCGCCGACAACACGCACAUAGCAUCCGGCGCGCUGUGCAGCUACACGCCCAGCAAGACGCCGCCCGCCACCUUCCAGCUCGGGCUCACGAGGCCUCACGACGAGGACGCGCCGUCGCCCCCCUCCCCGCCCCCCUCCCCGGCCCCCUCCCCGCCGCACUGCUGGACGCGCGCGCGCAGCCUGUCCGCCGACCUGCUGUUCUAGUCCCGCGCCCGCUGCUGUCCCCGGGCGCAGUGCCACGACUGAUCAAUUGUGAACUAUAAAGACGUUACGUUAAAUAAUAUUAUAUGAACACUCUCGAUGGGUCACUUGUUCGACUACAAAAUAUGAAAUGAUAUUCUAUUUGAUCUAUGUUAAGUAUUUACUACAACAUGUAUCGCAUUAUGAGUCAUGACAGGAACAUGCUAACAUUAGUUUUUAAAUUUAUUUCAAAAGUAUCGUUAUAUGUACGCGAAUAUCAAUUAUUUACAUUUAUAUUUUGUUGAUGACCACGGGCUACUGUAUCUUUUAGCCUAAGUUUGUUUAUUUAUUUUCAAUAAUCCACUUCGCGAAGUAUAGCGGCGGGAAGCUACGGAGGACAGGUCCAUUGAAGUCCCCUCCGCGCGCCCCUCGGUGCAUUCCUGAUGGGCGGGCCCGGCCACUCCAACCUCUCUUUAAUAUUAAUGUUUAAUGUUCAAUCGAACCGCUGACUCUCCCACUGUCCCCCGCCCAGCGCUGCAGCUGCUCAAUUAAUUAAUUUCCAACAUAACCAUGUAGUCGCUUGGGCUCAGUGGACUAGUGCGGGGGCCUCGUCCACUCGCAUGGGCUCAUCUUGUGAUAGAGGAGCUGUCCUUGAUGAUGCAAUAAUAACUAUAUAAUAUGGUUCUUAAUACAAUAAAGUCAUACUCAACAAUGUACAGUCAGCAAAAACAAUAAAAAUUUAAAACAAAAAAAUGAGAUUUUGAUGUCUAAAUUGACUAUUUCUAUUAUUGAGAUGAAUCGCGACUGAUAAAGUAUUUUUGUAAUUAACAUUUUUGAUAAUUGUAAUCUGUAGGUAUUUUUAAUCCUAUGCUAUAGGUUCUUAUGUGUCGUAUAUUAAGAUGAUAUCUGGUCUAAAGUUACGGCGAAAUGUAGAUAUGUAGAGGAGACAGUUAUUGCAGGAGCUGCGUCAGUGCAGCCGAUGUCACACUGGUACUGUCUCCUCGCUCCGUGGAUCAUUCCUGAUAAAUUUAUACUGAAACUUACACGCAUUUUUUGAGCUUACGAAUUUUUAGAUAACUUUUUGAAUAUUUUGUAAAAUUUGUAUGUGUCUACCUACUUAUAUAUAUGUCUACUUUCUAUGAAGUAAAUGAAAUUAUAUAAACAUGUUGCGAAAACUGGUGCCGCUGCCAUUAUCAUUGUCAGCGUCACGCGGCACCGUUGUGAGGACCUCGCCUCCGACGUGGGUCCCGGCUGCCGUCUGGUCACUCGCAACAUAUUACACACAUUCCCGAUUGUAACUUCAAAUAUAUAUUAAUUAUUAUAAAUAUAAUGAUACUCGAGAAAGUUAAUGUGAAGUAAUUAAACGUAUCAUUAUCAAAAGGACAAGAGGACUGCUCCUUGUAGUCCCGCGAGUGCUGGCCGGGACACCGCGCCGCGUGUUGUUACAGGAAUCUUAUGAUUUAUCUAAUUAUUUGUAAGUUUCGUGAGCUCGAACUCACAGCCGAUCGUUGUGUCGCGCCGCCCUCACCUUACUGUGCAGUGUGUGUACUUAUGAGAUGUUUUGUAAUAUCUAUGAUCUAUUGUACUAUUGAAUAUAUUGAUGAUUGUGUAAUAGAUGAAUAUAUCUGUAUAGUGGGUAGAGUCGCGGCGCACCACUAGCCGAUGUGCGGCUCACAGGAGCGAGGGGGGGCGGGGGGCACG